AUGUUGAUCUUUGAAUUAGCAACAAGAAGCCCUAGGGCCUCCACCUUCUCCCACCUCCAGCGCCUCCAACAAGAAGCCCUAGGUCCCCCGCCUUCACCCACGUUCUCACAGUCGAUCGUAAAUCGGUUUGAUUUUCUUCCAAGAUUCGUGGCUUACACAUCUCUCAAUUCUCUUUCUGUUGAAAGCAUAAACCCAACACAUGAUCCUAAUGAUUUUGAAGUUGGAAAGAGACAUAAACUUGAGUUUAUUAACACUUUUACUGAUGAUGGGAAGAUAAACAGUAAUGGAGGUUUAGCGUUUGUAAGGAUGCCAUGUUUUGAAGCUCGUGUUGCAAUAACUGAGGCUUUGAAGUCUAACGGACUUUAUAAAGGGGAAGAAAAGAAUGAGAUGCGUUUAAGUGUUUGUUCUAGAAGCAAUGAUGUGAUUGAACCUAUGAUUAAGCCUCAGUGGUAUGCCAACUGCAAUGGUAUUGCUAAAGAAGCUCUUGAUGUUGUAAUGGAUGAAAAUAACAAGAAAAUUGAUAUACUUCCAAAACAGUAUGCUGCUGAAUGGAAAAGAUGGCUUGAGAACAUUUGUGAUUGGGCUUUUCCUUUAUCUGUAUUGGGGUGGCCUGAUGAUACUCAAGAUUUGAAGACUUUUUAUCCAACUACUGUUCUUGAAACUGGGCAUGACAUUUUGUUCUUUUGGGUUGCUGCUAUGGUGAUGCUUGAGAUGAUAUUAGGAGGCGAUGUACCUUUCCAAAAGGUGGCUGGUGGUUUAGCUUCCGAGACACCUCACAUGAUAAGUGCAGCUGUUAAAGGCAUAACUCCAUUGAGUUAUGAGUUUACUUAUCUUGUAUCCGCUGCUUUUACUGUUUUUCCAUCCUCUUUUCUUCUUCUUCGAGGAAAAAACAAAGAGAUAAUUAAAGUGAAGCUACUGCUUGAAAUGCUUGUGAGGAAAUGUGGUAUUGAUGCUGUUAAGGAAGUUAUGCCUGAAGAACAUAUGAGGCUGCUUACUAAUAUUAGAAAGAGGAUGGUUACUGGAUCGCCUCUUUUUUUGAAAGAUGAAGUUGGUAAGAGCCUAUUUUUAGGGUCCAUUCAAGUUCUAGUUGUUGCUUUUAAGAAACAGAAAGUCAGUCUUUGUCAUGAUGACUGCUAUAAGCAGAGUGAUGAAAUGGAUCAAGGUGAGAUAAUAGAGAACAGAAGGCUAGACAAUUACUACAAAAAUACAUUAGUUUUCCAUGUUGGUAACUAA